AUGGCUGUCGAGACUCAUCUGGUUGGAACAAAUGAAAAUAAGAUGGUGAAGAAAAGCAAGAGAAAAUCGAGAAUUAGCGCCUGGUGUCAUCUACACUGGCGGAAAAUUUUCGCUGAAAUGGUAUCAACCUUAUUGUUACUGCUUUUUGGUUGCAUGACUUGUAUCCCUAUAGAUCAUAAUCAUUUUAACUUGGUUAUGCGUGGUUCUAUCGGAUUUGGAAUUAUAGUGAUAUUUAAUAUACAAACAUUUGGACAUAUUUCGGGAGCACAUAUGAAUCCAGUUGUCUCUGUAGCGGCGGCGAUUUGGGGACACCUAUCCAUAGAAUUAGCUCUUGCUUACUGUAUAGCGCAAUGUGUUGGUGCAAUUUUAGGUUACGGUAUGCUGGUUGCUCUGUCAUCAGAAGAAGUAGCAGCUGGUGUAUGUGUGAACCAUCCUAAUUCUAGAUAUGCAAUUUCGCAAGUCCUAGGCACUGAAAUAUUUAUAACUUCAGCAUUAUUGUUCAUCACAUGUUCUGUUUGGGAUCCCAUAAAUGAAAAACAUCUUGAAUCUGCUUCCAUUAAAAUUGGUCUCACUAUUGCGGGCUUAUCAAUUGCCGGAGCACCAAUAACCGGAGCUAGUAUGAACCCAGUAAGAUCUUUCGCCCCAGCUAUUUGGAACAAUAAUUGGGAAGCUCACUGGGUUUAUUGGGUGGGUCCAUUUGUUGGAGGAAUUUUGACAGCUUUAUUAUAUAAAUACGCUUGGCUGAAACGUGUAGAUGAAAUAAGGAGCACAGAAGUUAUCACUUGGUCUGAAGAAGUUGAAGGAGAAGUAUAG